AGUUCAAUAGCUAUUAUAAGUGCUUUCGUAAUGGAAAACGACCAUGAUGAAUUGUUCGAUUUUAUCGAAAAUGUCGAGACUUGGAGAAUAUGAUGUUUUUGAAGAUCCAAUUCCGCCGACGCCUCAUCAACCAAAUAUGUACCUAAGAAACAUCAAAGACCCGUUCGAGUACUAUGAUGACAGGGAGUUAAAAAAUAGGUACCGAUUUCGCAAAGAAACUGCGAAAUAUUAUAAUACCGCUCUUGGAAAAUGGGGCAACAGCUUCUUUAACGCAGAGGGGCCUGCCUAUUGGUUUGGAGGUGCAAGUCCUAAUAGCUUUGCGAUUCUUUGCGACGGGGAGCAUCCAGGUUGUUGUGGGAGACUUGCACUACAUUUCUCAACCGUUUGUAGAAUUAUUAAAUUGAUUGCUACAAACCUUGCCAAUUUAGUUGACAGAUUUAUCAAAUUUCCUGAUAAUUUGCAAGCUGUAUCAGAGAGAUUCCAAAAUACAAGCCACCGCUAUCCUGGCUUAAGACAUAUAAUUGAGGCAAUUGAUUGUUCCCAUGUUAAAAUCAAUAGACCACGACUCAUAGAACAUUCAGAGUCAUACAGAAAUAGAAAAGGCUAUUUCUCAAUAAAUGUACAGGUUAGUAAUUGCUUAUAACGAAGGAUA